UUAUAUAAGGACCUUCAUAACCACCAUCUUCUUGGGAUAUAGCUAGCACCACCAAAAAACAUGGAGGGUCGUUUAAAAGGACAAGCCACCACCAAUGCUGCUCCUCCUCUUCACACUGUUAAGCCCUUGCGGAGAACAAUCUUCAACCGUGUGUUUGCAGCAAUAUAUGCUCUUGCCAUUUUAACUCUGCUCUAUUAUCAUGCUAAAACGCUCAUCUACUCAACUACCCUAGUCUCAUUCUCUACAACCCUUGCCCUUUUAUUCUCCGACCUUGUUCUUGCAUUCAUGUGGUUGAAGACGCAGGCCUUUCGCAUGUGUCCAGUCUAUCGUAAGCAAUUCCUUGAAAACGUUGAAAAAGUCCUGAAAAGAAGUGAUUUUCCAGCUCUGGAUGUGUUUGUAUGCACUGCAGAUCCAUACAAAGAGCCACCGAUAGGUGUAGUGAAUACGGCUUUAUCAGUAAUGGCAUAUGACUAUCCAACAGAGAAGAUAUCAGUUUACAUAUCUGAUGAUGGAGGCUCAGCCUUGACUCUCUUUGCUUUCAUGGAGGCUGCUAAGUUUGCUACCCUCUGGUUACCAUUUUGUAAGAAGAACAACAUACUAGAGAGGAGCCCUGAAGAACUUUUAAAAUCUAAUCUUCCUUACACCUCCGAGUCUGAGAAGAUUAAGAUGAUGUAUGAAAGCAUGAAAGUCAAAGUAGGGCAGGUCCUUGAGAGAGGUACAGUUGGUGAUCAGUACAUCACGAGUGACCAUGAACGAGAAGCUUUCAAUAAAUGGAGUAAUAAAUUCACCCGACAAGAUCAUCCCGCAGUGAUUCAGGUUUUGCUAGAUGCCAGCAAGGACAAAGACAUCGAUGGUUAUUCCAUGCCAAAUCUCAUCUAUAUCUCUAGAGGAAAAAGCAAAGCUUCACCUCACCACUUUAAAGCCGGCGCCCUUAAUGCCUUGCUACGAGUAUCAGGUAGCAUGACCAAUGCACCCGUGAUUUUAUCUCUAGACUGUGACUUCCGCUCGAAUGAUCCUCAAACACCUCUACGGGUACUGUGUUAUCUAUGUGAUCAAGCGAUUCCGCCCGACUAUGCGUAUGUUCAAUUUCCUCAACUGUUCCAAGGAAUCAACAAAAGUGAUAUCUAUAAUGCUGAAUACAAACGUUUGUUUCAAAUCAAUAUGUUGGGUUUUGAUGGAUUAAGCGGCCCUAAUCAUGUCGGAACCGGAGGAUUCUUUCGACGAAGAUCUUUUUUCGGAAGUCCAUCAAGCCUAAUAUUACCAGAGAUUCCUGAACUAGCCCCGGAUUAUGUUGUAGACAAGCCUAUCCAGUCCCAAUCUAUUUUGUCAUUGGCACAUCGAGUAGCAAAUUGCAAUUAUGAAAAUCAAACCGACUGGGGCUCUAAGAUCGGAUUCAGAUAUGGAUCAUUGGUUGAGGAUUACUACACAGGUUUCAGGAUGCAUUGCGAGGGGUGGAAGUCGGCAUUUUGUAAUCCUGAUAGGCCUGCAUUUUUCGGUGAUGUUCCCAACAGCUUGAUUGAUGCACUUGAUCAACAAAAGAGAUGGUCGGUCGGACUUCUUGAGGUGGGGUUCUCUAAAUAUAGCCCAGCAACUUACGGUGUUAGGAGAAUGGGUCCUUUGAUGGGACUCGGUUAUGCAUGGUUAGCAUUUUGGCCACUGUGGUCUAUUCCGAUCACCACGUACGCUUUCCUUCCCCAGCUAGCACUUCUCAACAAAGUUUCUAUUUUCCCAAAGGUCUCAGAGCCAUGGUUUUUCUUGUAUGCGUUUCUUUUCUUGGGGGCCUAUGGUCAAGAUUGGCUUGAAUUUAUCUUAGCGGGAGGAACAAUCCAGAGAUGGUGGAGUGAUCAGCGGUUUUGGAUCAUAAGGGGAAUAACAUGUUACUUCUUUGGUUCCAUAGAGUUCUUCCUCAAGUUCUUGGGAAUUUCAGCAUUUGGCUUUACCGUCACAAGCAAAGCAGUUGAUGCUGAACAGAGUAAAAGAUACGAACAAGGGAUCUUUGAGUUUGGGGUACAUUCACCCAUGUUUGUCUCCCUAACAUUGGCAGCCAUAAUUAAUUUAAUCUCAUUUUCCCAAGGGCUUGUUGAAGUUUUCAGAGGAAACGAUUUGGAGGGACUAUUUGCGCAGAUGUUCAUAUCAGGUUUUGCUGUGGUGAAUUCUUGGCCUAUUUACGAAGCCAUAGCUUUGAGAAAUGACAAGGGGAAAAUGCCUAUCAAAACCACCAUCAUGGCAACACUUCUGGCAGGUGCAUUCUAUGCAGCAUCUUCUUUCAUUUGCUGGUAAGAAUAUGAGGGCAUUUGAUUCAUGUUGUAAAGGAAGUGGCUGUUUUACUUUAUUUGCCGAUCUACAACAACGUUCCUCCUUAGGAUGCAUAUCUGGUAAGUAAGAAAUAAAAAUAAAAAAUUUAUAUCGAUGUA